AUGCCACCGCGCCGGCCUGCGUACACACAAUCUGACAUUGAUGCCCAAUUACAGGCGAUCCACCUGCUCGACCCGUCUUCGACGACAGAGAACCUCGAAGGACUAGGCACGCUCGUCAAGUCUGUACACGACGCCCGGCAACAAGACGCAUUUCUCAGGACAGUCAAGGACUUUGCGGGUUCGGUCUCAACUCUUUUGACUGUACGGACGUAUACCGUGAAUCUGCGCGACAAGAUCAACAGUUUGGACCAAGAGGUGUCUCAGGUCGGACACGGCCUCGCGUCCAAGAAGAAGGCGCUCCUCAAGAGCAAACGGACCGCUGGGAAUUUGGAUGAGGCGAUCGGAACGCUGCAAUCGUGUUUACGCGUGCUGGACAUGGUAAACAAAGUAGGCGAGAUGAUUAGGGAUCGGAAAUACUGGAGUGCGCUUAGGACACUUGAAGAAAUUCGCUCGCUUCCGUUCUCGUCAAUAUCUCAAACACCAUUUUUAGAUCACAUUCUUGCAUCGCUUCCUUCGUUGCGAGCGCAAAUCAAGGGCGCCGUGACAUCCGAGCAUAAUUCCUGGUUGCUCACCGUCCGGGAGGUUACAGGACAGGUCGGCCAGUUGGCUCUUGUUGCGGUCGAGGAACGGUCUCGACGGUGGCGGACUCGUCGUGAACGCGAAGGACUGUCGUAUACCAACCGGGUAGGUUGCGCAGUCGAGCUGGUUACUAACGAAAAGGUGGAAUAUGAUAUCUUGAAUAACGACCGAAUUCAGGUCGAUUUCAAACCGCUUUAUCAGAGUAUCCAUAUUCACACAGCCCUGGAUGCGCUAGACGAGUUCCAACGUACGUAUCAGGCCGACCGCGCAGCUCAAUCAUCCCUUAUUCUAACCGGUAACCCCGCUACAGCUGCAAAUCUCUUGCCCCUGCUACAGCAGCUCAUUGGCUUUUUCGUGAUCGAAUCUCACGUACUGCGUACGACUUCUGGUCGCGGAUUUCGUACGCAACAUGACGUGGAUGAACUCUGGGAUGGAGUUAUGGAGCGCCUGGUGGAGACGCUUCGUUCCGGUAUGGGGGUAUCCCUCACUUCGGAUCAGCUCAUCAAGGCAGUAGAGCAUUUGACGGCGUUUCAAUCCGCCUUGGAGGAAUAUGGGUACGACACGUCGCCUAUCAACGGGCUGACGUCGCUAAUGUUUGAGAAAUAUACUGGUAUAUUGGAUGGUGACUACAAGGCUCAGUUUGUCGAGGCCGUCAACGGCGAUGACAAUAUACCCAUGGACGUAUCGAAUCAAGAAGACGCACAAAAAGAGCAGUUUUUGAUGGGUUGUUUUGUUACCAGUGCAGCCAAAGAGGUAAUUUUCAGUCGAGGUCCCCCACAGAGCUUGCCGUUCUCCCGAGUUGUCCGCAAAGUAGCGCUUUUGUUAUUCGCGCAGAUCAAAGACUAUGCACAUCAAUUCUACCAGUUUGUUGAAGGCGUUUCACAACCACCUCGCAACGUUGACCAAAUCUUGGAACGAUCCCUGGGCGAACUCCUCUCGAAAUGCGUGGCAGAAACAUACACAGCCCGGUUGGGUACUGCCAAUGCACUGAGCCAGGUAGCUCAAAUGCUUGUCAAUGUCGCAUACCUCCGAGAUGGAUGCGCAGAAGUCGACAGGUACCUCACAACACUUCGUUCUGGACAUCGGGGGCAUACGUUCCAUAUCUCCGCUACGGAGGCUCUGGGAAGGACGCUCCAACGGGCCGAGUCCCGUAUUUCCGCCGUGAUCGCGAAGAAACUGGACGAUUUUGAGCCGGAAUAUGACUGGACGACACGGACGACUGAGACCCAGGCCUCGCUGUACAUUUUCCAGCUCGUCAGUUGGCUGACGACCGUUGUGGAUUCGCUUGACGUCGAAGACCGGUUUAAAACUGCCGCAUACCGGAAUGCGAUGAUUCAUGUCUCGAACUUGUUCAUGGAUUUCCUGUCUGGGAGGAAUAUCACAGCGAUGAGUGAGGACGCUAUUCGGAGUAUGCUAGUCGACGUGGACUUUAUGAAAGAUCAAUUCGAGUCAAUUGGUCGACCAGAGGCGACUUCGGCAUUCAAGGAAUUACGAAUGAUGACGUCGAUUGUCCUCAAUAGUUCAGUGCCAGAGUAUCUGCAACUCCAUACACGCCAAACCAAGUAUCCACUUGUCAGCCCAUCCAAGCUUCAGGUAUUACUGGAAAAGCUAGCCCGAUUCUACUCGACUACCCGCACGGGACCGGAUCGGGAACGAGCAGACAAAUACCGCCGAGAUGCAGAUGCAGUCUCAAGAAUGAUCUAA